AUGGCAAAACUCACUGAUGAUGUCGACUAUAAUGCCGGCGAAACGUUUGAGAAUGUACCAAGUCCACUGUCGGAUGCUGGGAAUCAUGACAACUACUAUGGCAGACGAAUUCGGACUAGGCGAGAGGCCACGACACUUCAAGACAUGUAUUGGCGUGCUUCGGUGGUGCCGGAGGUCAACAUGCUUGUGCUAUUGCCCGGCUCCUGGGCAUCGAGACUAUACUUAUACAUAAGUAAGUGGGCUUCCAUUGUAUUCAUUUUGUGCCGCCUGUACAUCUACAUACUACCUACGUACCUAUCUAACCGUCAGUAA